AAUGGUUUCGACCUCCAGCCUCAGCAGCAGCGUCCGCACUCCGCAGCAUCAACGGCCCACGCUUCCCGUAGAGGACAGCGGCUGCAAGCCCGGCACGGGGCCCGGCGGAGGGAAGGCGGGGCCCGGUGGUGGGUGCGGACAGCUGCCGGUGUCGCUGCUGCUGGAUGGACAAAUGGAACCCGGCUGUGUGCGCACGGCAAUGGCCAUGGGGCUGACGUCGAAAAAGGCGUCCGCCCGGAGCAUCGGUGUGGAAAGAAAAAACCUCAUCACGGUGUGCAGGUUUUCGGUCAAGACCCUCCUGGAAAAGUACACCGCUGAGCCCAUCGACGAUUCGGCCGAGGAGUUCGUAAACUUCGCUGCCAUCUUGGAGCACAUACUUAGCCACCGCUUUAAAGGCUCUGCCAGCUGGUUUAGCUCAGAUGGACAGCGUAGCUUCUGGGAGUACAUUCGGAUGGCAUGUGGUAAGGUGCAGAACAACUGCAUCGCCAGUAUUGAGAACAUUGAGAACAUCAGCACAUCUCGAGCCAAGGGACGGGCAUGGAUUCGAGUGGCACUGAUGGAGAAACGUCUGUCGGAAUAUGUGUCUACUGCUCUAAGGGACACCAGGACAACCAGGAGGUUCUACGACGAUGGCGCCAUCAUGCUGAGAGAGGAAGCCACGGUGCUGACCGGCAUGCUCAUUGGACUGAGUGCCAUUGACUUCAGUUUUUGCCUGAAAGGGGAAACGCUAGAUGGCAAGUCACCAGCGGUGAUCGACUACACGCCCUAUCUGAAGUUCACUCAAAGCUACGAUUGCCUGAGCGACGACGAGGACCGGCGCAGCGUAGACAGCAGCAACAGCGAGGAGAGUGUCCCUGAGCAUCCUUACAUCCCGCUGGUCACCGACGAGGAGAGCUGGAGCAAUAAGUGCCGGAAGAUGGAGCAGCGAUUCAAGAUUGUAUAUGCCCAGAAGGGCUACCUUGAGGAGCUGGUUCGUCUUCGCGAGUCACAGCUCAAGAACGUGGAAACGGAGAACAAGCGUCUGAGGGCAAAAGUGGACGAGCUGUCAUCACAGAGUCAGCGUGAAAAGAAGGAGCUGGAGGCCGUCGUGCUGGAGCUGCAGGCUCAGCUCUCAUCUCUAAUGCCUUGUGACUCGUCCCACCUUGGAAAAAACCUUUCCAUCCCACUUAUCAACCAGUGGACCACUGUCACUGACCACCAGGGUGAUGUCAAACUCUUCCGCAGGAGGAGUUUCCAUAGUAUGGAGCAACUUUCUGCCGAGAUAAGCCUCAACUCGGACUCUCAGAGGACAGAUGAGAGGCAGAACGGUGAUGCCGCCUGGACUUCAGCAGGAAAAGACAACACGCCGUCCAUGUUGGGUCUUUGCGGCUCUCUGGCGUCACUGCCGAGUUCCAAGUCGCUGACCAGCCUCAAGUCCAGUGAGUGUCUCGUCAACAUCAGCGCCGAGCCUAGCCCCGCGCUUUCUCCCAGCUAGGGGAACACCCCCACUUCCCCUUUCGAUCCCUCUUCCUCCCUCCCACCCGGACCAACCGCCAACGUCUCCUUGAAUGUACAGCAGGAAUUCUGGUCAUUAUCAUCCUUGCCUUCCACUUUCUUUCUGUCACUCUCUCUCUCUCUGUCGCUCUGUGUGUCCCUCUCUCUCUUUCUUUCUGUCCCCCCCUCCCCGGCAAUUUAGUUUACUUUUGACAUCACACCAACACAAUCUAAUCAUCAAUACUGUAAAACCAAAAACAAACACGCACUUCCUAUUUCAGCCCACUGGUAUUUCCUUGUUUGUACGCUUGAAACCUGAGAUUAUUAUUACUCUUAUUAUUGUUUUGUGUUGCAAUAAACAGCCUUUUACAUGAA